AUGCCUAAAGUUGUUAUUAUUUCCUCUGAUGAAGAGAGGUUCCCGGUCGACGUGGAGGUUGCCACCAAGUCUGUCCUUAUCAAGAACAUGAUUUCUGACUUGAAGCCAGACUUGGAAGAAGACGACGAGGACUUCGAGAUCCCUACUCCAAACGUCAGAGCCAACGUUUUGGCCAAGGUAUUGGAGUGGUGUGAACAUCACAAGAACACCAUCUUCCCAGAUGACGACGAUGAAGAUGCCAGAAAGUCUGCUCCUGUCCACUCGUGGGACAGAAACUUCUUGAAGGUUGACCAGGAGAUGUUGUACGAGAUCAUUUUGGCUGCCAAUUACUUGAAUAUCAGACCAUUAUUGGAUGCUGGAUGUAAGAUCAUUGCUGAAAUGAUCAAGCACAAGUCUCCAGAGGAGUUGAGGAAGACAUUCAACAUUGUCAACGACUUCAGUCCUGAAGAGGAAGCUGCCAUCAGAAAGGAGAACGAAUGGGCUGAGGACAGGUGA